CUAGAGUGAGGGAAAGAUAAACUGAGAGAGAGGCUGCAAUAAAAUACUAGGCACACAUGCACACACAUACAUGACACAUAUCUAAAUAAUAUAUCUAACUGGAACUGUUUAUAAUUAGCUAUAAAAAAUACAAGUUAUACUUAGCACACACAAAUAAAAAUGCACAUGGCUUUAGCAUCCUGUACUGAUCAGUUCAAUCAUUACUGUGAAGGAGUAGCACAGCUUUGGAAUCCUCAGAUGUUUCAAACUUCAACUGAAGAUCUUCCAGAACUAGCACAAAGACAUUUCCAGCUAUCAUUACCCUUCUCUAUCCCUGUGUCUCAAAAUGAGGAUGAGAACCUUUCCUGGGACCCUGAAUUUCUACGUAGCAAUUUCUCUGAGCUAACUCAAGUAGUUAACUGCCCAUCACAGGUACCAGUUGCCUCGUGCCAUACACAGAUACCUGUUGGCAUGUGCCAGGAACCUGCACAUAUCACUGAGUCCCUUCUUUCCUCUUCAGGUGAUCAAACAAGUAUGUUAAACCUGUGCCCAACAGACUGCUAUAGCAACCUAGAGGAGAUUAGCAUGCCACCAAAUGAGGUGGGCUUGCUUCAAAAAGAGUCAAGGCAUAUAGACCCCCUGGGUAACAAUGUUUCCUACCAGGCUGAGGUUUUAGGGUAUUUAUAUCCACUGCCUUCUGAUGAGGGUCUGGUGCCAUUUGCACAUCAAGAUUAUAAUUUCUCUUCAAAUCCAGUGCCAAUUCUGCCCAGGACUUCAUCUUCUUUUGUUCCUUACCAAUCCUUCUCUUCUGCACACCAAUACUGCACUCCACUUAAUCAGUCGGUGUUUCCCAGUGAUGCAAAGCCACUCAAAAGAGGUAAACAUAAGAAAACCAAAAGGGCAUCACAGAAAGGAAGCAUGUGCCACAGUUGUACCCAUGCUGGAUGUACAAAAACGUAUACUAAAAGCUCUCACUUAAAGGCGCACAUUCGCACACACACUGGAGAGAAGCCCUAUAUAUGUGACUGGAGUGGCUGUGGUUGGAAAUUUGCUCGCUCAGAUGAACUCACCCGCCAUUUCCGCAAGCACACUGGCCUGCGCCCGUAUGAAUGUAAGCUCUGCAAGCGAACAUUUGCUCGCUCUGACCACCUGGCGCUGCACAUGAAGAGGCAUGAAAAUCCCACGGUUUGAACUUGGGGGACAUUAAUGAUAGUUAGCACUGAAGAACACUUGUACAUCUCCUUUUUUUUGCAUUUAGCAACCACAAUGUGGUUUCAGAUAUCCAGCACAUUUUAAGUGACUGAUUUACUUAUUUCUAGUUGUAGAUAAGUUAAUAUAUAUUUGUCUUUGGAAAAACAAAACUGAUUUUCAGCAAGAAGUUCCUUGUGUUUGGCUAAUGAACAUAACUUACUGUAAGCAAAGAAUAUUGAAAAGAAAAACUUUAUAAAUGAAGACUAACUGUAUUUGUUACCAGGAACACCUUAAAGCACAGUAAAAAAUCU